AUGGAGACCGCCAAGCUCAGCCCCAUCAUCCGGGAUGUCUACGCGGCUGCUGGCCGUGUCCAGCAAGUGUCGGCGAGGGGCAGGGCCGGCCGAGAGCUGAUGGUCAAGCUGACAGAGGGGCAGUAUGUGCUGUGCCGCUGGACCGAUGGGCUCUAUUACCUCGGGAAGAUCAAAAGGGUGAGUGGCUCCAAGCAGAGCUGCCUCGUCACAUUUGAGGACAACUCCAAGUACUGGGUCCUCUGGAAGGACAUCCAGCAUGCCGGUGUCCCUGGGGAGGAGCCCAAGUGCAACGUCUGCCUGGGAAAGACUUCAGGCCCCAGAAACGAAAUCCUCAUCUGCGGGAAGUGUGGGCUGGGUUAUCACCAGCAGUGCCACGUCCCGGUGGCGAGCGGCACUGAGGGUCCGCUGGGGACGCCGUGGUUCUGCCGCCGCUGCAUAUUUGCCCUGGCCGUGCGGAAAGGGGGUGCCCUGAAGAAGGGAGCCAUUGCCAAGACGCUGCAAGCCGUCAAGAUGGUGCUGUCCUACAACCCUGACCUGCUGGAGUGGGACUCCCCGCACCGCACCAACCAGCAGCAGUGCUACUGCUACUGUGGGGGCCCUGGCGAGUGGUACCUGAAGAUGCUGCAGUGCUACCGCUGCCGGCAGUGGUUCCACGAAGCCUGCACCCAGUGCCUCAGUGACCCGAUGAUGUUUGGAGACCGAUUUUAUGUGUUUUUCUGCUCCGUGUGCAACCAGGGACCUGAGUACAUCAAGCGCCUGCCCCUGCGAUGGGUGGAUGUCGUCCAUCUCGCCCUCUACAACCUGGGCGUUCAGAGCAAGAAGAAAUACUUCGACUUUGAGGAGAUCCUGGCCUUUGUGAACCACCACUGGGACCCGCUGCAGCUCGGGAAGCUGACGGGCACCCCUGUAUCGGAGCGGGGCCCCCACCUCCUCAAUGCUCUCAACAGCUAUAAAAGCAGGUUUCUGUGUGGCAAGGAGAUCAAGAAGAAGAAAUGCAUCUUUCGCCUGCGGAUUCGUGUCCCUCCAAACCCCCCCAGCAAGGUGCUGCCAGAGAAAGCCCCCAGCGCGGGCGAGAGCGGCUCCUGCGAGCUGAAGAAGAGGGGAAAAAGUAAAUAUGGCCACAAAGACAGCCUGUCCCCACCUUGUUUUGCAGUCUGCUGCCGCGGCCGCAAAAAGCAGCGAGCGGCGCGGCGCAGGAGGGCCAAGUUCCUGCUGGAGGACGCCAUUCCCAGCAGUGACUUCACCUCUGCCUGGAGCACCAACCACCACUUGGCCAGCAUCUUUGACUUCACGCUGGAUGAGAUCCAGAGCCUGAAAAGUGCCAGCUCGGGACAGACUUUCCUCUCGAACAUGGACUCUGCAGAUACCACCAGCACCUCGGGCUCAGCCAUCACAAGCCUCUCCUACGAGUCCAGGUGA